GCAGUGUCUGAGCUCUCAACCCAGAUCUAGCUUAAUCGGCGUUCCUCGCUCGUCUUCGCUCAUCGAAGAGACUAGAUACGUCGUUCGCCUCGCGGAAGACCGAAGCGAGAGAUCAGUGAAGAAACGAGCAAUUCUUCUCCUUCGCCGCCGCCUCCUCUUCAAUGGCGCCGAAACCCGUGACAAGCCCCGUCCCCGUUGCCUGGUAUCCAUCCUUGUCUGUCUUAAUGCUUGCGAUCGGCCUCAUGCUCACCGCCUCCUUCUUCAUCUAUGAAGCCACUACAUCAAGGAGGAAUCGUAGCCUGUCAAAGGAAAUUGCAACUGGCGCUCUCGCUUCUGUAUUUUUGGGUUUUGGAUCACUGUUCCUUCUCCUGGCAACAGGUGUUUAUGUUUGAUAUUUAGGUGAGAAUAUUACAUGCGGUGUCCGGAUCGUUUGGAGGCGAAUUCAGACGCGCCACGUCACCCAGAUGCACCGGGCCCCGGGUGACGUGGCGUGUCCGGAUUCGCCUCCGAACGAAUCCGGACGCCGCAUGUAAUAAUUUUCCAAUAUUUAGAAACAGAUUAUUGCCUCUAAUUAUGCUAGCAGUUUUCCAGUGAGAAAAAAAUGUUAAUGUGGAAACACUUUGAUCUGCUGCACAUUGGAAAAUUUUGUUUGUAUUUUUUUAUUACUUCUACAUUGCCUUCAAAUUCUGUCACUAUAUGAAAUUUGGGUAGAUGGUUUUUUACUGCCACAUUAUGGGAUAUAAGAAGCUUAUCAUUUUAAGGUUUUGA